AAAAGACUUUCGACAACUCAGCUUUUUUGUUAUAAAAUUUUCAAAAAAUGUCAUAUCAGAAUCUUCGUGCUUUUCGUAUCCGUCAAACAAAUACUUGAAAGAGUGAAAGGUUCACAGAAAAUCGUACCACUCAAACGUCUGGCGAUUGACCAGGUUUGUUUCUUUGCCCCACCUUUUCAUGCCACAAUUCUAAUUGUUCUACGCAUGCUAGAAGGUGUUGGCGUGAAUGAGUCAUGCGAAAGAAUGAGGAACGAUUGGUGGACGAUUUACGCGAAUAAUUUGAAGAUUUGGCCAGCAGUUCAACUUAUCAACUUCUAUCUGAUACCUUUGAAUAUGCGUGUAAUCAUUGUACAAGUGGUGGCAUUUUUCUGGAACACAUAUUUAUCGUACAGAACACAAGCAGAGAAAUUUUAUAAGCGCCGUUUAAGUCAAUGA